AUGGCGGAGAGUGUUGCUAAAACUAGCAAACUAAGCUUGAAGAUUCUUUAUGAUAAAAAUAGUAAGAAAGUAUUCUUUGCAGAAGCAGACAAAGAGGCCGUUGAUUUUCUAUUUUAUUUUAUGUCUCUACCAUUAACCACAGUCACAAGCCUCCUCUCCAAAUCCGAGAUGGGUAUGGUCGGAUGUUUGAAUAACCUUCAUGAAAGUGUUUCGAAUCUGGAUCAAAUCUACUUUCUUGAUGACAAGAACAAGGACUUGCUCUUAAAUCCAUUGCACUCUUUCUUAGUACAGGCACCUUUGUUGCUGCCGGUGCCGGAUAAUACAGACCUUAUCAGCUAUGAGAUCCACAAAUGCCCACAUCACAAUAUAUAUUGUAUUGGCGAUAUGACAAAAUGUACACAAUGCAGUAAUGACGUGAGUAUGUAUAAAGGUGAACAAAUUGCAGUACCGGAUGGUAAUGGUAGUGGAUUUGUGAAAAGUUUGGUGAAAUAUAUUGUGAUGGAUAAUUUGGUGGUCAAAACAAUUUCACCCAUUUCUAGCAUUUGUUUGUUGAAAGAAUAUUUCAAUGUCAAGGAUCUUGCUAAUGUUCAUGAAAUAGCGGUUGAUUUUGGCUUCGAUGAGGGUCUUAAGAUAUUAAAGGCAUCUAUGGAAGGGGAAUCAGUUAUUUCAAGUGUAUUCCUUCACGAGUUAGUUUAA